AUGAAUAUCUUUAAGUUGGAAAUAGAUAUUUCAAAAAGUACUUGCCAUGGUUGUUUGAGUUCUGAUCGAAAUAUCUCUCCUGUGGGUGAUUUAUUAGAUUUAUUUUGCCAGCUUUCUAAAUUUCAAGGUCCUGAGUAUGCUGUAUUAUUGUGUUGGGAGUGUAGAAGUAUAUUAAAAAAAACAUGGAGAUUCCAACAACAAAUCCAACAAGCUCAAUUUUUACUACACCAGCCGGAUUUCCAAUUGAAAAAAGAAUUCAGUCUGUCAACCCUGAGUUCGGUUAUAAAUUCAAAGUAUGAUAACACUAUUUACGAAAAUUGCCAGGAUAUCGAUUACAAACCAAACUGUAAAGUUGAACAUGAAAUUAGUAAUGAAAAUGAAUCAGAAGAAAUAAAAGAUAUUUAUAAUGGCAACAUAAGUGAAACUGAUUUCGAUGAUAUACCAAUAACAGAAGAUUUAAAAAAUGAAUUAAUAAAAGAGGAAAUUGAGAUUGAGACAAAUAAAGAUUGUGACAGUGUCGUUAAAAAAUCAAAAACCAAAAAUGAAAAGAAGCAGAGAAAGUAUAUGAAAUGGGCUAUUGUUACAGAAAAUGUAAUCAAUGGUGAUAUCAUAGAUAGUUAUUUUAUAAGAAAUAAUUUAAAUGAAAACGUCAUCGAAGAAAUAUUGGAAAGGCGAAAUAUGGUUAUGUAUAAGAAGGACCCACAUUACAUCUGCAAAAUAUGUAAAGUUGGUUUUCAUAAAAAUAUAGAUUUGAAGAGACAUAAGCUCAUAAAACAUCCACCGCCUAAAGGGCCAUACAAAUGCAGUGAGUGUAAAAACAAUGGGAACCUGUUAACGUUACGGGAUCUUCAUCAACAUUUGGAAAGUCAUGUUGUAUUCAAAUGCAAACAGUGCCCGGAGGUUUGCCGUUCUAGUCCGGAAAUGAAUCGUCAUUUGUUACAUAUGCAUCAAUAUACUUACUGUUGCAAUGAAUGCGGUAUGAAUUAUAAUUCAUUUCGAGAAUUCAUCCGCCACCACAAGGACCUUCACGAGAGAGUCAUAUGCGACCAUUGUGGAAAGUCCUUCAUUAAAAAGCAGACAUUAGAAAAGCACAUCAAACGGAAACACCUACCACCAGUGUGCUACACGUGCGGCCGCCUUUACAAAAGCUUCUACGCUUUAGAAUCCCACAGUAGACUCAGCCAUCCAGAAUUACAUUACGACCUGUCGAAGACCGAGCUGUCUUACUGUGUGGAGUGUAACAAACAAUUCAAAAGCGUAUACACGUAUAGAAGGCAUCUUUACACGGCUUUCAUACAUCGACCACCGAAACCAGUUAGUAUACCUUGUCCGGAGUGUGGGAAAGUGUUCACUAGAAAGUUAUACAUGAACAAUCACUACAGAUUAUUCCAUGUGAAGAAGUCUAGACACUACUGCGAGCUUUGCAACAGGUACUAUGUGACAGCGUAUGCGCUACGAAACCAUAGACUACGCGUUCACGAGAAGACGUCCAUGCCCAAAGACAAGAUUUGUGAUAUUUGCGGCCGUGGUUUUAGUACGAACCGAGUGCUGAUACACCACCGGCGCACCCACACUGGCGAGAAGCCGCAUAAAUGUUCGCAGUGUCCCGCUGCCUUUGCCCAACUGUGCGCUAAGAAAUCCCACGAACGUUCGCAGCACAAAAUAUUCUAA